AUGGCACGGCCGGUUAAGAGGCAAGCACCACAAGGAGCACCAGCAGAGGAGAUUAAGGAGGAACACCUUUUGGCUUUCAUUGCGAAGAAGGAAUAUAAUGAUGAUAAUAAAUGCAAAAAAAGGCUCGAGGAAUAUUGUGAAGAGUUGAAGAAAGCAGAUGAGAAACUAGAGAAUGUGGAUAAAAAAGUUAAAGGACUUUGUGAAGGGAAAGAGAAAAAGUGCGGAGAACUGAAAGACAAAGUUGAUGAAGAAUUAGAUAAUUUUGAUACGGAACUUGAAGGAGCAUCGGCAGAUAUAAAAGAUGAUGAAUGUGAAAAACAUGAAGAAAAAUGUAUACUUUUAGAAGAGACGGAUCAUAAUGAUAUUAAGGAGAACUGUGUCAAGUUGAGGGAAGGAUGUUACGAAUUGAAGCGUAAAAGGGUGGCAGAGGAGCUUCUUUUCAGGGCGCUCGGAAAGGAAGCUAAAGAUAAAUGUGAAGAAAAGAUGAAAACUGUUUGCCUAGUGUUAAGCCGAGAAGGCGACGAGUUGAUGUCUUUCUGCCUUGAUCCGAGUGGAACGUGUAAAGAGCUGAAAAAAAAAUUGGUUGAAGUUUGCCGGCCUUUACAAACAAAAUUGAAUGAGAAAAGUUCAGAAAAAGAUUGUCAUGAAAGACUUGAGAAAUGUCAUUUUUACAAAGAAGCGUGUGAUAAAACAAACUGCGAGGAGGAUAUGAAGCAGUGCGAGGGAAAAGGAUUCACAUAUAAAGCACCGGAAUCUGAUUCUAGUCCUGUCAAGCCGAAGCCGUCGUUGUUGAGAAGUAUUGGGUUGGAAGAUGUGUAUAAAAAGGCUGAAAAAGAAGGAAUUAUUAUUGGAAAAUCAGGAGUGGAUCUACCAAGGAAGUCGGGUACAAAUUUUCUGCAAGAUCUCUUGCUACUGUUGAGCAGAGAUGAGAAUGUGAAGGAACCAAAAAAGAAAUGCGAAAAAGCGUUAGGAAAAUGCAAAGAUCUUAGUGACUUGGAUCAUAAUUUUAAAGAGUUAUGUAAAAAUGAAACUACUAAAACCGAAAAAUGCGAAAAAUUGCUAGAUGUAAAAGAAAGAUGUACAAAACUCAAAUUAAAUCUUUAUGUGAAAGGGUUGUCUACAAAAUAUAAUGAAAAAGAAAAAUCAGAACUUUUAUUCUGGAGAAAACUGCCAACAUUAUUUACGAAGGGAGAGUGUGCAGAACUUGAGUCGGAAUGUUUCUAUUUAGAAAAUGCGUGUAAUAAUAAGAUUGAUGAAGCAUGUCAAAAUCUACGAUCAGCGUGCUAUAAAAAGGGACAAGACAGGAUGUUGAAUAAGUUCUUUCAAAAGGAAUUGAGGGGAAAUCUUGGUCUUGUAAGAUAUCGUAGCGAUCCUGGUGAUUGUAAAAAAUAUGUAGUGGGAAACUGUACAAAACUUGAUAAAAAAUAUCUUCCACGAUGUCUUUAUCCUAAAGAACUAUGUUAUGCGGUUUCAAAUGAUAUUUUUCUUCAAUCUAAAGAGUUAAGUUCGCUUUUAGAUGAUCAGAGAGAUUUUCCAUUAGAAAAGGAUUGUCUUGAGUUGAAGGAGAAGUGUGAUGAACUUGGUAGUGAUUCAUUAUUGAAUUUAGAAAAGUGUAUAACAUUGAAAAGACGCUGUGAAUACUUUAAGGUUACAGAGGGAUUUAGAAAAGUAUUUUUAGAAAAAAAGGAUGAUUCGUUAAUGACUCAGGGAAACUGUACAAAGGUAUUGCAUGAGAAAUGUAAUACUUUAUAUAGGAGGAGAAAGAAUUCAUUUAGUGUUUCAUGUGCUUUACCAGAAGAAACAUGUAGUUAUAUGGUAUUCCACACAAGUCAAGAUUGUAAAUAUUUAAAAGAAAACAUCAAGAAUGGAGAAAUUGUAGGAAAAAUUGAAAAAGCAAAUGGAAAUGAAGCAACACUCGAAGAACUCUGCACAACAUGGGGCCGACAUUGUCAUCAACUUGUGGAGAACUGUCCAGAUCAGUUGAAAAAAGAGAAUGGCAAUAAUCAUAACUGCGAAGCACUCGAUGAAAAAUGCAAGGAAACCUUUCAAAAGUUGAAAGCGAAGGAUGAGCUGACUCAUUUGUUGAAAGGCAGUUUAAAGGAUGAAAAAAAAUGUACAGAAGCAUUAGGAAAGGAUUGCACUGACUUGCAAAAGAAUGGAAAAUUCGAAACUCUGCUUACUAAUUGUGAAGCUAAUGCUUUGGGAACUGUUUGCAAAGAAUUAGUUGAAAAACUAAAAAAGAGAUGUCCUACUUUAAAAGACGGACUGAAUAAAGCGAAAGAUGAGUUGACAGAGAAGAAAAAAGAAUACGAUGAGCUCAAAAAGGCGGCAGAAGAAUCUACGGAGAAAGCUAAGUUAUUGCUAUCAAAGUCUGGAAAAGCCGCAAUGCCAAGUGGACAGGAUAGCAAUGGUUCUGCACCAGUAUCACCGCCUGCACCAGAAUCAGGAUCAUCACCAGCAGUGCCACCAGCAGUGCCACCACCACCAGGGUCACCACAAAAUGGAACGCCAGGCACACCAGGUGGAGGAUCAGGCACACCAAGCAGUGGAACGACGAACAAUGCAAAACUUGGACUCGUUAAAAGAGCGUAUGUAGAUGGAGAAGUAUCAGAAGCAGAGGUAAAAGCAUUUGAUGCAACGACGAUAGCAUUGGAAUUGUAUUUGGAAUUGAAAGAGGAAUGCAAUGCUUUACAACUAGAUUGCGGUUUUAGAAAGGAUUGUUCGAGUGUUGAAGGUGUUUGCAAAGAAAUAGACACGUUAUGCAAAGGAAUAGAACCAUUAAAAGUUACGCCUCAUCAUACAGAGACGCAAAAAGAAAUCUCAACCACUACAACGACCACUACAACGACCACUACCACGACUACUACUACGACUACUACGACAACUACUACGACAACCAAGCAGGGAAGUGGAGGAAAAGUAACAGAAGAGUGUACAAUGAUACAAACAACAGAUACAUGGGUGACGAGUACGUCAUUGCAUACGAGUACGACAACGAGUACGUCAACGGUGACGUCGACAGUGACGUUGACUUCGAUGCGCAAGUGCAAGCCUACCAAAUGUACUACUGAUUCAAAGAAAGAGACAGACAAAGGAGGAGAAGAAGAAGAAGAAGUAAAACCAAAUGAUGGGAUGAAAAUAAGAGUUCCUGAUAUGAUUAAAAUAAUAUUGUUGGGAGUGAUUGUUAUGGGGAUGAUGUAA